UGCACAUUUAACGCUGUGGAUUGUUAUGGACUCAAGUCAUAUCCGCAGAAGCUGACUUUAAGAUCUAAGAAACACAUUGACCCUUGAGAACAGACUGGACAUGACCCUGUGACCUCUGGUUGCCAGGGAGAGAGUGGUGGGGCCAUGGCUACUGGGGCUACGGCAGGGGAGAGCCAACUCCAGAGGAUUAUCAGAGAUCUGCAUGAGGCUGUGGCAGAGCUUGCAAAGGAGUACAGGGAAAGUGGGGAGCCGAUCACUGAUGACAGCACCAACCUGCACAAGUUCUCCUACAAACUGGAGUACCUGCUUCAGUUUGACCAAAAGGAGAAAACCACAUUUCUUGGUACAAGGAAAGAUUACUGGGAUUACUUCAGCGAUUGUCUGGCUAAAGUCAAAGGAGCCAAUGAUGGGAUCCGCUUUGUCAAAUCCAUCACUGAGCUUAAGACUUCUCUGGGCAAAGGGCGAGCGUUUAUCCGUUACUCCCUCGUACAUCAGCGGCUGGCUGACACACUACAGCAGUGCCUGAUGAACCAGAGAGUCACCAGUGACUGGUACUAUGCAAGAAGCCCUUUCUUAAAGCCACACCUUAGUGUUGACAUAAUAAAUCACCUUUAUGAACUCAAUGAGGUCCAGUUUGAUGUCGCCUCCAGAGGUCAUGAUUUGGAUGCUGCCUGGCCCACUUUUGCAAGGCGGACACUGGGAAGUGCAAACUCACCUGGUCAUAUGUGGAAGCCGCCCAGUCGUAGCUCAAGCAUUAACAGUCUGGCCAGCUCGUACUCCCAGCAAGCUCCUGAGUUCCCCUACAGCCCUGACUAUGGCCAGGGUCUUCUGAAUGACCUGAAUGAGUCUCUGCCCCCAUGCGCAGAGGAUAGCAGCACAGUUGAGGAGCUUCGCCUGGAGUUGGAUCAGUCUGAGCUGAACCAGCGAGAGCUCCUAGAUAAGAUGAAGCAGCUUGGUGAGGAGGCAGAUGAACUCAGGGGGGUAGUUGUAGAGCUCCAGAGGCAGUUGGAUAUGUCCCUUGCCGCCCAAGAGCAGCAGCAGGGUCUUCAGGGAGAACUCAAGGCUCUGCAGGGGAGGGAAGAAGAACUGUCCAGACAGGUGGAAGCACUCAGGACUGCAGGAAAAGCCAGAGAGAGUGAACAACAACUUCUGCAAGAAAAGCUGGCAGCUGCUGAAGGAAAGAACAUUGAGCUGCUGGCCAAGUUAGAUGGGGUUCUGAAUGAGAAGGGCCAGCAGGCAGCCAGUCAUUUUGAUUCAGCACAGAAAAUACAUGAGCUGCUGGAUAGACUGAAAGAGGCAGAGAAAGGGAAGAUGGAAGCCGUAGCAGAGGGAGAGGAGAAGCGGAGACAGACGGAGAGGCUUGAGGAGGAGCUGAGAGUCAAGGAAGCAGCUAAGAAGACUGGUGAAACAAAACUUGGAGCAUUGGUUACAGCUGCAUCUGAGGAGAAGGCAAAGCUGGAGGCAAAAGUGGAGGAGCAGUGUAGUACACUUGAUAAGCUCCAGGGGGCUCUGACAGUGAGAGAAAAGGAGGCGAGUAACCUGCAAAGGCAGCUGCAGGACCUCCAAAGAUCUCUGGAGCAGAAGGAGGAGGAGUUGGAGGAGGUGAAGAGGAAGGCACAGCUAGAUAAUGAUGAAAUGCAGAAGAAGGCUGGUGGCAUUAAAGAGUCUUUGGAUGCAGAAGUCAGUACACUAAAGAAAGCAUUAAAGAGAAAAGAGGGAGAGCUAAAGUCAAGCUGUGAGACACUACAAGAGCUAGAAGCCAAGAACCAGAGCCUGACCAUAGAGAGCGACAAACUGACAUCUAAUCUCUCUGAGAUGGAAGUUAAUGUAAAAGAGCAAGCAGUAAAGAUAGAGGACUACAAGAACCAGUGUGCCAAUCUCAUGGAGCUUUAUGAGAAACUGAUGGCCACAUCAAAGAGAAACGAGGAGCUGAUGAAGGAGAUGGCAGAAAGCAGAACGGUUCUUGAAACUGAGUUAGCAGCACUGAGAGCUUCUGAGAAACAGCUUCGCAGUCAGCUGGAUGACACCAAGAUGACAGUGGAUGAGAAAGAGAAGCACCUGCGUGAGGAGAACCGCAAGCUGGACGAGAACCUGCAGAGAGCGACAAUUGCUGCAAAGCUCUCGGAGGACACAUCAAAGCGGCUAGAACAGGAGAACCAGAGGCUGAGAGAGGAGCAGGACACAGUGAAAGCAGCUCUUAGCCGCAUGCAAGCCGACCUGAAGAGUGUUCACGGGCAGAUUGGAGAGUUGGAGAAGAACUUAGGAGUAGCACGCAAGAAUGAAGCAAGCCUUCAGGAUCAGAUUCAAGCCAAAGAUGUGCAGUUAAAGGGUAAAGAGAAGACUAUUAUUGAGCUGCAGUCUAGGUUAAAUGCUCUGGAGGAAAGAGAGAAGGAGCUGGAGAUUGCUAAAGCUGAUGCUGAAGCAAUGGUGGUUAAACAGACAGAAAUGAUUGAAAGAGUUACCUCUGAGAAGCAGGUGAUGGAGAAAUCUCAGCUUGAGCGGAGCACAGUCCAAGCAAAGGAGCAGCAGGAAGUGACAAGUAAAUUGACUAUGGUUGAGGGCCAGUUGGAGGUCAGCAUGAAAGAUGUGACCAGGCUCCAGGGAGAGAUCCUGGACCUCAGGGUGCAAGUACAGAGAUCUGAGGAGGAAAAGCUAAAAUCAAAAACACAGUUGGAGGUAACAGAGGCCCAAAGAGACGAACUCAGGACUCUUACUGAGCAGCUUAAAGCGCAAACAGAGGCACUCAAUCAGAGGCAUGUAGCAGAGCUCAUGGAGUGCAAAAAGAAAGAAGAAACUUUGGCUGAGCAGCGUGAUAGAGAAGUAGCCACCCAAGCAGAGUUGGUUAUCUCGACCACAGCCCUCCGAGAACAGCUGUCGACCCUUAAGGCAGAAAAUGACAAGUUAGUGUCUGAGAAUAACGAGAUUCGUGAGGGUCUGCACAGGGCAAACACAGAGAUGGCUGAGCUGGGGAUCACCAUAUGUAAGCUUAGUGCAGAGAAAGAAGAGGCCAGAGAAUAUUUGGUAGGGGACGCUGCUAAGAUCGAAGAGCUGGAGGAAGAGGUGGAACGGCUCGGAGAGUGCAUGUCAGAAAUACGCACGGAGAAUGCAAGUCUAAAAGAGGAGCUGAAACAGAAGGAGAAACUUCAAGACACUAUAACAGAGCUUCAGGAGCAGCUGGAAAAAACCAAGACAGAAAUACAGAGCAUCAAAGACUCCGGUCGAGAGGAGGCUGAGGCUGUAAAGUUCCAGUUGAGCUCUGAGAGCAUGAAUCAUCAGGCCCAGACGAAGAGUCUGAAUGAGCAGCUUGACAAGGUGAAAGCCCAGCUGCAGCAGGAGCUGAAGAAUGUGUCCAGCUUAAAGGCCAAAGUGUCUGAACUUGAGGCUGUGAAUGAGCAGUACUUGCAUCUCACUGGUGAGAAAGAUGCUCACAUCACAAAGACAGAGACGACCAUUCGAGAGAGUGAGAGUGAGAUACAGUACUUGAGGAAUGCAGUUACCAGGGCUGAAGAAGCACAAUUAGCUGCACAGAAGGUCUGCGAGGAAUUGAAGCAGACACUCAACAUAACAGAAUCUGCUAAACAAACCGAGUGCCUGAAGUUGACUUCAGAGAUCGAUGACCUCAACAAAACCAAGACCAACCUUGAAGAGCGGCUCAUUGAGCUUAUAAGGGAUAAAGAUGCUCUGUGGCAGAAGUCAGACGCUCUAGAGUUUGAACAGAAGCUGCGUGCAGAGGAGCGCUGGUUGUUGGACAGAGAAGCUACACACUGCCUCGGCUGCCAGGGUCAGUUCACCUGGUGGCUGCGCAGACAUCACUGCAGGCUUUGUGGUCGCAUCUUCUGCUACUACUGCAGCAACAACUUUGUAAUGACCAAGCACAGUGGGAAGAAGGAGCGCUGCUGUAAAGACUGUUACACCCAGCACAGCGUAGUGGUGGAGAGGUUCACAGAGGCAGAGCUGAGUCCUACAGACAGCCAGCCUCUUCCACCUGGAGCUGGGCCUCAUCCAACUCCUGAACCAGCUCCUUAUAAACCCACACCCAGAGUAACAGUUUCAGACCCCAGUCCCAGAUCUGAUGAUGGAGCUUUUGAUAUAAUCACAGAAGAGGAAGUGAACGGUGUCUACGACAGCGACACCACAUCCCAGACCACAGGAGGCUCCAUGGAGGGAGAACAAGAGCAACAGCCUUCUGGAGCACUAGAUAUAAGCACAGGAGAUGUGACCCCUGAUGAUCCUGAAGAGCACAUCCCUACUGUUCAGGAUUCAGAAAUCAACCUCCUCAGAUCAGGAGAAGUUACGGUGACAGUCCCGCUCAGCAUUGAGGACAUUUCUCAGUUUGGUGACGGCUCUAGGGAACUCUUCAUUAAGUCCAGCUGUUACAGUGUGAUCACUGUUGCUGUGGGCGACAGCGGGCCGACCAUCAGCUGGAUGUUUUCUUCAGAGCCGAAGAGCAUCUCCUUUAGCGUGGUUUACAGGGAAACAGCUGAUACUCAGGUGGAGCAGUCAAAGGUCCUGAUUCCUCUCACUCGCUGUAAUUCCCAUAAAGAGACAAUUCAAGGACAGCUGAAAGUCCGACACCCUGGCCUCUACAUGCUCAUCUUUGACAACUCCUUUUCACGGUUUAUCUCCAAGAAAGUCUUUUACCAUCUGACCAUGGAAAAGCCGAUCAUCUACGAUGGAAGCGACUUCCCCUGAAAACAUCAGCACAAUGUCACAGAAACACUAUCAUGAUGUCAGUGCGGCAACACUUUAAAGAUGCCAAUGUAACGACUGUUUGGAAUCAACUAUGAAUCACUCUUACUCCAAAAAACUUUUUUUAACCAAGUAUUUUAUGUUUUAAAAUCACUUUGUUUUUCAACUGUGUGGUAUCAGUUUAUUUUAGGUGUGCUCAUGUUGUAAUUGUUACUGAAGUGAACUUUUGUCAAGGGGAUGGAAAGGUUUGAAAAGGAAGCAGAUUUUUAUGCAGACUUUUAGUAUAUUUUAUCUAAAUAUUUACCAAGUAAUAUAUAUACCUGUAGUCCACUUAAGCUUAAUUCAGUUUUAUUUUUCUUUCUUUCUAAGUUUGACCUCUUUGUUUCCCAACAAGCUGCCGUGUUUUAAAAAAAGCAGAAGCUUUUUUAGAUUAAUAAUUAUUAUUCAAUGUUGUCCAUGAAGACCCAGGAAAUAUUUCAAAAAUGUUUAAAUCUCAGCCAAUUUCAAGUAUUAAAAGCUUUUGGGUGGAAUCAUGAAGUCAAAAAGCAGGAAAAGUGCAGACGGUAUAUUAUGAGUGGCCUGUAGAAUUGACUUUUCAACUCUGUAUUUGCACUCUGCAGGGAGGAAUCAAAGCAGUGAUGCUUCCUGUUCUGGGAAAUUACAGUUUAUCUUUAAUUACAAAGCAAAUGCACUUUGUGCUACUCUCAGGAGUCAGAUUUAAAAUUUUACUCUCAUGGUAGCAUGUCUUAACAUAAUAAAAACUGCCAUUUUAUUUAGUGUUAUAGGAGAUGUUAAUAAAGCAAAGUGCCUGUACUGACACAGGCUGGUUUUAUAUGACGUUACGACAAUGUUGGUGAAAGUCAACAAUCGACUCUCUGACUGCUCUGUCAAAGUGCCUUCUAAUGCUAAUUGCUUGGAAUUCCUUUAUUUAGUCACCGUAUUAUGGUAGGUAGCAUUUAAUUCACAAUUUGCUCAGUAUAAUAUACAUCAAAACUGUUAAAUUGAAUGUUAAUAACUUUUGAUUUUAUUUGAUUUAUUUUUAUGUUAUUAUAAUCCUCUGAAACUGUUCUCUCAGAGAUGAAAUGAGUGUUGGCAUUUUGUGCUUUUUAUUGUGUUUUUUUUUAAUCAAAGAGCAAUAAGAAAAAAGCAAGACUGGUCAGUCACUUUUGGAAACAUCCAUUCACAACUCAGAGGAGGAAGGGCUUAUCUCUAUGCUGCUUUUGUAGAGAUCUGUUUGCCAUUUCACAGUCAGACCUCUUUUAUACUUUUGAUGGGUGUAAAUUGGUGCAAUUUUUAUGCUAAAGCGUUUAUUUUCUCUAUGGAGCUGCACUUUGUGAUAAUUAUUUUAUAAAUUGUUGGAAACAAUAUCAAAUCUGUUAAGUUUACAUGAUCUUUGAAAGGAAGUCCCACAGGGGUAGUUUUUCUACACGCUGACUUUUGAAGGAUUAUUUUGGAUGGAUGAAUCAUCACUAUGAGCACUAGUGUAAGUCAAAAUAGGCCUGUCAAAUUCCUAGUAAACAUGAAUAAAAUGUGAGUGAUGAUGACUGU